GUCAGUGAGCGGGAGUGCGGCGGGCGCGAGUUUUGGCGGCGACGUGCGCCCGCGGGCCGCCGAUGGGGCGCGGCAGCCGCGCCGCGCGCCCGGGUGUCCUCAGCCGUUGGGUGAACGCGAAGAGGGCGUCGCAGCAGCGGCGGAGGCCCCCGAGUCUGACUCCGACGCGGACGGGGAGUCAUCGCCCUCAGAGCCGGCGUCGGACUCCAACUCCGAGCUGUCGGAGGCUCCUGCCGGGUCAGAGCAGUCCGACGUUGACCACUUGGCCUGUGGCGCCCACGUGGCGCACACGACGCUGGACGUCGCCCACGAAGCAGCUCGGGCUUUCUCGGCAGUUCUCCGGCAGGACCCGACGCUUCCUCCGCCGUUCGACCCGUCGGACACCGCAGACAACAUCCAGGAGGUGAUGGACGGACUGCAGUGGCCGAUCUGCAACUGCGCCGUUCGGCAGUGCCGCUGGACCGGGGAGACGGAAGGGGAUUUGCGGCGCCACGUAAUCAGCUUCCACCAGGCCUGCCUCCCAGCAGCUUGGAGAGAGGGGUGGAACAGGAGACUCUCUGACAGCGCCGACGAUGUCGUCGUCCACGCCGAGGUGCUGGAGGAGCAGGAAUCGUGGAUCUGGUCCAUCUACUGCCAGGCGGUGGAGGUCCGGGCGCGCACAGGCAUGCCGGUUCUCGGCAUCUGCAGAGACCGGCGGGCAAUUCGCACCAUGAGGCAAGUGGCGAACGAUGUUUGUUUGUCUUCGCUGGUGUGCUUCUGCUGCGGUCAGAUCUACACGAGUGUCGACGACCCCGAGUCCGUUGGAGUCAGUGAGAUUGGAUGGACGCCACUGCGCGGGCUCUUGCGCAGUUGUCCGCGCGAGCUCCUGGAGUACGCCUUCGGCUUGGACGCGUUCCUGGCGCACUUCCCGCACCCUGCUCCAGACCACCGCGGGACGCAGUCGCACCACUAUCCGACACAGACGACCGCGACCUCGCCGUGGGUGCGAACCGCGAGGUGGACCGACGUGGUGUGCAACCGUCAGCAUGGAGUUGUCGACGAGCUGUGCGAGUCGUGCCGCAUACCUCUGUGCUGGCAGUGCCGCGGCAUGUUCGCGAAGACGCGAACGGUGCGGGAGCGAAUCCCGCGGCCGGCCAUCGCCAACGACAACUUCGUCGGGUUCGUUUCGGCUUUCUGGGUGAAGCACAGACCUCGGUGGAUCGAGAUGGCCGCGGCCACGCCUGUGUGGACGAGUUUGAUGGCUCUCUACGUCGAGGGCGAUAAGGGCCACCUCAUGAACAAUCAGGCCAUGCAUCCGCACAGUCGGUGCGCUGUCCGCGGUAAUCUGGCCAGCUUCCUGGUGCAUUGGGACGACGUCCUGGAGCGCCUCCUCGCCAUCGCGGAGAGUUCGAGCGCUGCUGCGGCGCUGCCCCACGACGGCGAGACGCUGGCCCACCUGGUUCGCUUCGAGUUCCGGAUGAAAGACAAGGACAUGUCGAAGCACCUGAAGCACAUGCGCCUCCGCGCUCAUGUGGUGCUGCAGCUCGGCUGGGAGCUCAUCGAGGCGUUUGAAAGGCGCGCGAAGCAGUGCUACCCGUGGCUCGGCACCCCCGAGGACGCCGACGGGAAGGUCCCGCCAGCCGUGGACCGGGCGACGGUGGUGGCGGAUCCGUCCAGGAGCAGUGUGCAGGAUAACAAGCACGCGACUCCGGCGCUGGCCAGCACUGACGUCGCCUCUGUUUUCGACGAUGCCAGACCGACCGCCUGCGCGCCCACAGAUGCGACGUCCCGGCAAGGGACCGCGGGUCAGCGCCAACAGCGUGCCAUGGACGGCGGGCCGGUCGUCCCGUGCGUCGCCGACGCGGCCAUGUUGGAGCAGUGGAACGGGAAGUGCCCCGCGAUCGCUUUCCCGCACACGCUGCUGUGGCAGAGCGGGGGGCCAGACUUCACGAGGUCUUGGCGCAACGGUGCCGAUGCCGCACAUCGACGCCGCGCGGUGGGGCGGCCCGAGGAAGUGCAAAACCGGCCGUCCGUCAGCAUGGGGAUGUGGCUUGCAGGCAUGAGUCGCCGAGUCGAGCACCAGAUCCGUUCGGAUUGGCUUUUCAUCCCGGGCAUGCGCAACGUCCACUUCCGCUUCUUGGGCAUCACCGCGAGGUUGGGGAGCAAAGUGCGGAAAUACAAGGACGAAGACGGAUCGGCCUUCACUGAGCGCCUGACCACAGCUGUCCGCGGGUUGCACGACCUGUUGGCGAAGGGGUACUACGGGCCGAACAGGCGCCCAAUUGCUGGGAACUUGACGGUGCUGCACAUGGCGCACGGCCUGGACACGACCCAGAAACAGAUCGUUCACAACAUGCGUUCGGUCACGAGCACCCUUGCAGGCACCCAGGAACUGCGCCGCAGGAUGGGCCACGUCUUCCAGUCCGGCGCGAUUGGUUACGGGCACGGGCUCUUCAUCACCAUCUCGCCCAAUGAGAAGCAGUCCUGCUUGGUCAUGCGUCUGCACAGAGUACGCCAGGACGACCCGCUGCUGCGCGCGGGGAGCACAGACGACGAACGGAAUGCCAUGAGAAGGAAGUUGGCGUCACGAGAGUGGCCCUCAUUGUCGGAGUGCGCCGACGCGGAGCUCCCCGAUUUCGACUUGCGCCUGUGCGAGGUGGCCAAUGAUCCUCUCUCGGUCGUUCAGGGCUUCCGCGUCGCCGUGAACGUGAUUUUGGGCCGCCUCCUGGGCCUCCGGCUGUGUGCCGAAUGCGGCGUCGCCAGCCGAUGGCACCACAGGCCCAGGUGUCGCUGCACGGACAGAUUCGGGUCCAACUCACGCCCCAUGGGGGGAAUCUUCGGAGUUGCCGCAGCCCUGCUUGGCGCCGUCGAGAACCAGCACCUGGGCACGCUCCACUUCCACGGGUUCGUGUACCUGGCAAACCUAUACCAGCACGCAUCCAUGGCCGAGAUCGCCAGGAUGAUCAGGGAAUCCCCCCAUUUGGCAGAGGCGGUGAAGGAAUGGCAUGCGUGGGUCCACCGAGAAGAGCACUGGGACCCCGAGGGGCAUUCUGCGGGGCUCGCCGCGUUGGAGAAGCAGUGGCGGCAAAAUUUCCGGUCGUCCGAACACGUGGGGCUGUGCCGGUGGCCUGUGUAUCUGAAUCAAGCGUCGCGGAAGACCAAGUGGGAAGAAGGUUGCGACCUUGCUGAGUGCGACGCCGACGCGUCCAGCUUCAAGAUAGCCUACGAAGCAGACGCGCAGAUGAUCUUUUCGAAAGUGCAGCACCACCAUCAUCCAGACGGAAAGCCGUUGACACACUGCAUUAAGAAGGGGUGCGAACACGGGGAUAAGUGCAAGCACGGCUUCCCGAAGACAUCGUUCCUGACGCCCGUGGACGGACCCAGAUCGCGCGUCGUCUGCCCUCGGGUGGCAAAGGAGUUCGGGCUGAAAGUAAACGGCGCUCGGAACGCCCUGGGGGAGAUUGUAGGCCCUCGAAAUGACGAGUUCCUCAGCGGGACAUGCCCGGCACUUGCUGUUGCGUUCAGGGACAACUCGCACACCGCGCCCAACAACCGGCUGCCGCUGAUCGACGACGUCACGCACGACCCAGAGUGUUCAUGUCGCAGAUACGCCAGUGCAGAGACUGGAGACGCAUAUCUGCGACGCAUCGCCUUCGCUGUGCAGCGAUCGAUGUCGAACUCCACGCGCUACAUCGGCGGGUGCAUCUCGAAGGUGCAGCGCGUCGGGAAGAAGGCCCGAGAGCUUGCGAAGACUUGCCUGUCGACGUUGGCUGAGCGACUCAAGGCGAAGUCCGAGAUGCAGCAGACGCUGAACGCCGUGCACCGCUGCAUCGGAGACUGGGAAGCCAAAGGUGUGGAGGGGACGAUCUUCGAGGAAAUGAACUUAGCUCACUUCGCAGACAGACCGAACCCGCUUGCAGCAGAAUGCAUUACGUCGUGCCCAGUUGCCGACUCCUACGCGGACUGCUUUCUGAAGAUUGUGACCGACGAGACUGGGGCUGGUCGCGCUUCUGCGCGGCGCCAGCAGAAGUCGGUGCUCUUCACGGAGACGGGCGACGUCGCCACGCCGCCAGACGCGACCGCAUGGGCGUACGCGCGGCGGCCCGGCGCGGCCGACAUGAAGACCCUCAGCCCGCGCGAAUUCGUCCGCUUCUGCGAGGUGGUCCCGACGCGCCCGCCUCCCAGAGACACGUCGAAGCCGUCCCCGAGCUUGACUUACUGGGUCGGGAGUCCACCAGCCGCUGCGGACGGGCCUCCGCGGCCGUUUGUGCACUACAAGGUGAAGCCGCCGACGGGCGACUCGGGGUAUUUUGCGUUGGAGGAAGACCCGUGCGACGAGGAGUUCGCGCACAUGUACGUGAUCGUGCCCCGGAGUGCUCCUGCGCUGCCGGUCUUCAUCCGGUCAGUAAUGCCGCGGCCCGACAUGACGUCGGAGCGCCGCAGCGCCACUCUGUCGGCGUACUUCCGACCGUGGACUCUGGUGUGCAAGUGCGGGUCUUCUCGGGGGCAUACCCCGCUGGCGAAUAAUCUGAACUUGCCGCCAAAGCGCCAGCGGUCUGGGAGGAGCGCGCCGAGCUUCCGAAAAGCCUUGAAGAACUACCUGCGCGGCCACAUUGUCUCGAAUUCGAACCGCAUCCUGUGGGCCAACAACGCGUUUCCGGUCCUCAGCCCCAGCAGCAUCAUGGCAGAGUUACGGCGAGUGGACCGAGACGCCGGGGCAGAUGCCGCUGGCGAGGACAUUGGGAACCUUUCCCAUUCGGUGCACAAAGCGCUGGAGCAGAGCAUGUCCUUCUGGGACCCGCCGAACAGCGAGCCCACGUUGCACUUGCCACUGCGACAGUCUGCUCUUCGGCAUUCCAGUGCAAUGCCAGCGGGGGCUCGCGGAAAGGCCCAGGAGCCACCGCGGAAGACUGCGCGCUCGAAGAUGCGGGAGAAGCUGUACCCUGGCGACGCUGACCUGACAUGCAACAUCCAGAGAUGGCGGAGAGGACCGGGGGGGGGUGGCAAUCUGGAGACGUGCAGUUGCCAAAAGCAUGUUCUGGAUGCAACGCACCAGAUCACCCCCGACCCGCAGCAGAUGAGCAUCCUGGACGCCGUCGCCGACAGGUGCGUCCAGGAGGCCCGCGAGCAGGACCAGCUGCGCGGAUCGCCGUGCUCCCGGCUGUUCGUUCUCGGCCUGCCGGGCUCAGGGAAAUCGGAGGUCAUCCGGUGGCUGUGCGACGAGGGCGUGGGGCUGUUCCCCACGUGCAUGGGAUGGGAACACGAGGUGCACUUCAUCAAGACCGCCCCAAUGAAUUCCAUGGCGAGCAACAUCGGUGGGCGAACCAUCCACAACUUCAGCAAGCUCGGAAUCGACCUCAUCACGGGAGUCCAUUCCGGCGGGAAGAAGGACCCGGAGUUGUCGGAGAACAUGCUGCACACGAGAAUCCAGCACAUGCGCUGGCUCAUCAUCGACGAGGUGGAGAACGUGUCGGUGGAGCUGCUGGACGCCGUGCACAGGCAGUUCGCCAUGUUCGGAGGGCUCAACCUUGUGCUGCUCGGGGACUUAUGGCAGAUCCCGCCCGUCAGGAGCCUCAGUAUAGCCGCCAAUCCAUUUGUCAAGAGACCCGCCAACGUCGGCCGCAUAUUGGAGAUGUUCUGGACACAGGGCUUGCCGCACUCGGUGACUAACCGCUACGCCCUGACCCAGUCGCACCGCUGCUCAGACUUGUGGUGGAGAAGCUUUCUCGCGGAAGCGCGCGCUGGGGAUCUGUCGGACAGGAUGUACGAUUUCGCCCACGGCUUCUCGACUGAUGUGCCCGGCUCCUGGAUGCCCGCAAGCCCCGGCAGCGCCGAGGCCUCGACGGGGCACCUCGGCUGCGGGAAGGCGAAGUGCCGCGCGCUCUGGUCAGGUGAGUGGCCACGGAUGUUCGGAGAAGGUCGGGCCUGGGAGGACAUGAAAUCCCUGGAGUGCGCUGAUUGCAGCGCGGAACGCCGUCGGCGCUGCCGCGUCGCCUCUCAGAGCGGUGCCAGACAGCGGGAGGUGAGCACGGCGUUCGCGGACGCGCUGUUCAGCAGGAUUCUGACGCUGCGAGCGGCGAAUGCGGCAGCCAAUGCUGGGAAGCAGCUCCUCUGGGUGGUGGCGCGCGAUGUCCCCCUCACUCGGGACGACGCAAGCAGGUCGACGGAGUCGCUCGCCCACGCCAGGCAGAAUUGGCUCAUGUACCCCGAGAACAAGACUGGCGGAGUUCCGGGUGUGCUGCCGAUCUUCGAGGGGAUGCGGGCGCGGUUCACCGCCACGGAGAAUGCAGAGGCGGGAGCCUGCAAGCACUCCUGGGGUACCGUGACGGGCUGGGUCCUCCACCCCGACGACUCGAAGUUGGUGAAAGACCAGAGGUCCGAGCCGGAGCUGGUCCUGCAGCACGUGCCCGAGGCGAUCAUGGUGCAAAUUCCCGGGAAUACGGCGCCCCGCUUUGGGAAUCAGCCCGCGGGUGUCUUCCCCGUGAAGCAGAAGGAGGUGUCCUGGGAUCGUAGUCCUGGCUUCAAGGCCAUGGUGAAGCGCGCGGGGUUCCCGCUGGUCCCGCACUUCGCCGCCGAGGCCCACUGCGUCACCGGCGCCACGCUGCCGCAGGCCAUCAUCGACCUCCUGGACGCGCGCACGACGCCCCGUUCGUCCAUGGUCCCCACGGGCUACGUGGCCAUCAGCCGCACCAGGAGGGCUGACGACCUGAUUAUCACGCAGCCCUUUUCGCCGAUGCUUUUCCGGCAGGGGCACCAGACUGGCCCGCGGCUCCUGCACUCCAUGACAGCCGGGGAGUUGACGACGGAGCAGGCGAAAGCCGGCUGGGCCAAGGCAGAGAAGGAAGCGGCUUCCAAGUCGUCCAAGAAGGUGGUGGACGCUACGUUCCAGUGCGGCGACUGCCACCAGCGGAAGAGAGCGGGGAAUUUCCCAGGCAGUGGCAUGAGAACGAGCGACCCCGUGGACCACGCCGUGGCGGUGCUGAGCCAGGGCGCCUGGAGGAGGUGCGCCCUCUGCGCGCAGAAGCAGGCCGGAAAGGCUGGAAUCGGCUGCUGCAAGCGCGGGAAGCAAAAGGCAUUGGUCCACUUCAGACUCGGAGAGGUGAACGACCUGAAGGCGCGUGGGGACCUCGACCGCGCCGUCUGCAUCGGCUGCGCUCCAAAUCGGCUGCACUUCAACGUGCAGUCGGAAGUCCGCCUGUUCAAGUGCGCGCAGUGCGCGGUCCAGAAGCCGACGGAGGAGUUCGACGAGACAUUCUUCAAGCAGCACCGCGGGGCGAAGGACCUGAUCUGCACUGACUGCAUGGACAGGGAGAUGAGACCCCUGUGCCGGGGAAAAGAAGGGCUUUGCGGGCCUUUUUAA